AUGCCAGCUACCGCAGAGACUGCCAGCUACCGACUCAACCAUGUCAUGCUUCGAGUCAAGGACCCGAAAAUCUCGCUCGACUUUUACGAAAACGUACUCGGCAUGGACCUGAUUGACAAGCACGACGGUGGCGACUUUACGCUCUACUUCCUCGCGUAUCAACACCAGAAGGGCAUCACUCAACGAGGUGAGCGCGAAGCCAUUCUCGAACUCACGCACAACCACGGUACCGAAAACGACGCCGACUUCAGCUACCAUAAUGGAAACCAGGAACCCAAGGGUUUCGGCCACCUGUGCGUCGCCGUCGACGACAUCCAUAAGGCGUGCGAUAGGUUUGAAAAGCUCGGCGUCAAGUUUCAGAAGAAAUUGACGGAUGGUAAGAUGAAAAACAUUGCAUUCAUCUUGGAUCCUGAUAACUACUGGAUCGAAAUCAUCUCCACUUCCAAGCCCCAGUAA